GCCAUGAUAAGAUCGAACAUUUUCCCUGGAAAAUAGCACUCAGCAAGAGAGAGAGAGAGAGAUAUGGAUUACAGUCUAGCGGCACUGAAGCUGUUAUGCGUACAGCUAAAUAGCGCCCGCCAAACUCCGUCGCAAUCCGCCAUGAGCCUCGGCGGCAUUCUCUUCCAACGCGCCUGGUUACAGGGCGUUUUGGUCUCAAUAGCCUCCGGCGACGGCGACGGAGGCGGAAGUUUCCUCCUGGACGACGGCACCGGCGUCAUCGAACUCUCCCUCUCCGGAGACUUCCUUAACCUCCCCUGGAACUUAGGUAUGUAUGUAAUGGUUGUUGGAGGGUUUUUUGUCCGCACUGCUGAAAUCCCCAUUAUUAAGUUUACUGAGGUUAAUGUUGUGCACUUGAACGUCCUCAGGUUCACAAAAUGGUUGACCUUUCACCAUUUCCUGAUCGAGAAGCAAUGUGGUACUUAGAAGUUAUGGAGGUAUACAAACUUUUCUACCAACCCCUUUUCGAAGAAUGAUGAUAGAAAGCAAGAGAGAGAGCUCAUCUUGUCUUUUUUCUUCUAAUUAAAUGCAACAAAGUUUUGAUUAUGAUACUCUCGAUUCUAUCUGGAAUGUACAGGGAAUUCCCAUAUUCUUAUGUUCACAUGGUUUAUUUGGUUCAAAUGAACACUGAAUCCGAUUUUAGUAGAAGGCAAAAGAAUAGAUCACUCUGUCUACCCAGCUGCUGUAUAUCAGAUUAUAGUUGGAAUUUGAAUUUUUCCCAAAUUCAAAUUAGGAGCCCUAGUGAUAGGAGACAAAGAGGGUGGAAGGGCCCCAAAUCUGUUUGUACUUUGUACUUUUUAAUUGUGCAAUUAAUUCCUCUAACGAAUUUCCAAUUC